GCGAUUGUGUGGCGGCGGGCUUCGUGUCCAUGUUGGAAGGAAGCGAUGGAGGGUGGCGGCGAUGGCUGUCGUGCAGUGUUGUCGCCGACGGAGAAGACAACGGUUGCAGCUGCCGCGCUUGCCGUCGUGAUCCGCAGCCAGAUUGAGAGAGCAGCAGGGACGACGAAGGCCAGGCUUUUCGCGCGUCGGCAGAGGCUGCUCGUGCAGAGGGUGGUGGAUGCCCCGGAUUGCAUCAGCACUUCGGAGGCCGUCUUCCAGCUCUACGCCGCAAUCGAGUGUGGUGUCCCGGAGCAGAUCGUCGCGUACUCGCUGUACCGGUGGGCGACAGGAGAGACAUAUGACAGCAACACAUCAUCGUUCGGCGUGGGGAGAGCCUCAGGAAUAAUCGCGGUGCGCGAUGUGACAUCCGCGUUGCUUCGGGUGUACACGGACAAGAUAUCGUGGCCGACUGGUGUGCGGAAACAUGUCACGCUGCGGGCAUUCCUGGACAAGGGUUUCCCGAACUGCCACAGAGCGGUCGAUUGCACACACAUCUAUGUCGACAAACCGGCGAACGCGGCCAGCGAGAACUACUUCGACCACAAACACCGUUUCUCCGUGGUCGCGCAGGUGGUGGUCGACCUCGAUCUGCACGUUCUGGACGUUUUCGUUGGGUAUCCGGGGAGCUGCCACGACAUCAGGAUCAUCCAGCUGUCGAGCCUGUCCAGGGGCCCGGACGGGACGUUGUUCCGUGGGCCACCUGUGACGCUGCCAAGCGGGGUGAGAACCAAUGGUUACAUCCUGGGCGACAACGAGUACCCUCCAUCGAAAUGGGUGGUGGUCUCGUAUGGAGGAACAAAUCAACAUCCCAAUGAGGAACGAUUCGACACGAAGCAGAAGGUCGCCAGAGGGGCUGUGGAGAGAGCGUUUGGCAGGUUGAAGGGCAUGUGGAGGCUGUUCCUGCGAACUCACAAGACAAACCUAGACACUCUGCCGCAACAGUUUACCGCGGUCUGCAUUCUGCACAACAUUCUUCUCGAUGCAGGGAUAGAGUUUGACGAGAAUCUGCUAUGGGAAGUGGACCUCAAUGGUGUGCGGCGACAUAUGGAUCUGGGAAUUCAACUUCCCCCCCAGCCAGUGAGCAAUGCCACUUAAAUAGACGAGGCGCUCGCGCUCCGACACGCUUUGGCGAAGCGAAUGAAACACUCGUGAUCCA